UACGGUGUCUAACUAACUGUUCACCGUAAAGGUGGGGACCCGAGUUCAGAAUUCCACGAAGGCCUAAUGAAGUCAAGAAGGAUACUGAAAUCUUCAAGCGAGAAGAAAGCAGAAGAAGAACUGUUUGGUUAACGUCAGUGAUGAAACGGAGACUAGGAUUAGAAAUGUUAAGUGGAGGACCAUCCGGCCCGUGAAGCAGGUGAUUUUAGGUAAAUUGUUGCCUAGUUUCCGGACACGUGCUGGACAAGCAGACAAGAGGCAUGUUGAAGAUGGCCGAAGCAGAGACAUUGGGACCAAAUAUUGCAGAUGAAGGUGGUGUUGAGAAAGACCAAAGACAACGUGGGAAUCCCUCUGAAGUCACUGAUUCUAACGAAGAUCAAACCAAAGAUGCACUGGCGGAUCAACGUGACGCUGUGGAGGAGAAUAACCAGCCGAAAGGCAGAGUUGAUGAUUCGGUGAAUGAUGCCAACAAGGAAGGGGAAAAGACCCAUUUACAUUUAUGUGAACAGUGUGAGACUGGAACAAAGAAAGUGGACUUGUGCGGAGACAAUGAAGACAGUGAACAGCAUAAUCAGGCUGACAUUGUCCGCACAGCAGGAUCGGGGUGCAGUAGUCCCGCCAGCAGCACAGCAGGUGUUGAUCACGAUCUAAGACUGCCCGUGGGAUCUCCAGGGGCGUGGCCGCCCGGCGGCUACCCGGUCCACUAUGUGGCUGACUCACCUCUCACGCCCACCCGGUUCCGCUCCAAGUCAGAGGCCGACACCAGCACCAACCCAGUCCACGCCCAGCCCGUGGUGGGCGGCGCCAGCAGCGUGCGGCCCAAGGAGCGCCGGGCGCACUCCACCUCCUCCGCAGUGUCACCAAACAGCACCAGCAGCAGCAGCACCGCCGAAUCACCACGGGGGGAGCCAGCCGGGUCGGCCUCGGGAUCGCUCUCGCUGCACGGUACGGUGACACGCCAGGGGGAAAUGCUUUCAUUUGUUGCCGAUGACCUAAUGGAGAAAAUCCGUCAGAGCGGUGACCCAUUGAAAGCUAAGGAUAGGGGUAGCAGCACCGGUUCCUCGGCCUGCCACACGCCGUCCUCCUCCCACAGCCGCACUCCUUCCCUCAGCCCCUCGGGGAUCAGCGCCAGUGCCAUCCCCCCGGUGGACCCGACGGCUCUGGCGGACAUCGAAAAGCACAGCAAGCGGGUGGCCGACAGCGUGGAGCUGAUGAUGGGCCACCUGUCCAGCACGCUACAGAACAUGUCCGCCAUAACUGUCGGUCAUACACAGACAUACAGAGAUGCAGUGGACAAGGCUGGUGUUACCGUCGAUCAAAGUGUGAAGUGUAUGUAUGCCCUUAUAGCAAGGUGCGAAGAACUCAACAAAACCAUGGAACCUGUGCACCGACUUGCCAAUCAAAUUAAAUCGAUCAAGCGACUACUAGAAGAAAUGGAGUCAGUCUGCAAGUAAUGUUCAUGAACGAAUAAUAGACUCCAAAGUUACAGUGGACUUUUUCGCACAAGAGUUUUGGGGUCCGCAGUGAGGGCAUUGUCUUUUCACUGUUUUAGUAGACUCACAAUCCCCAUUGCCCCCCAAUGGAACGCCAAUAUGAAUGGCAUGGUAGAAUGUGAGUCAAAACCCUCUGUGUAUAAUAUAGAAGAGUGGGAGUUGAUUGACUUUUAUACAUGUAGCUGUGAUAACACGUUUGCAGCCUCAUCGCAUUUGCUCCGUUGUGAAACAGUUCCCACCAAGAAGUCAAGAUUAUGUGCAUGUAAUUUAUGGUCUACGUGUAAUAAUGCAGCGUCACCGUAAAAGCCGAACCAAAUCGCAUAGAUAAAGCAUCAAGAUCAUUUUGUACGUUCCCUUUCCGUCAAUUUGUAAUCCCAAGAUGCCACAAAGUCACGUCAUGUCCACUUUUCCUGACCCACAAGUUAUACCGUGGUGCAAAUGGACAGGAUGUAGGUGAAACAUGUCGAGGAUUCCCGCUGCUUUACAUUGUGCAAAGUUCUUCAAGAGGCCACGAACUCCGAAGUGGCCCUACUGACCCCUGUCUCCUCUUCACAGAUCAGGCCGUAAUUAUUUCCGUAAAGAGAGAGGCUGGGGAUGGUGGUAAACAGGUGUUCUAUCCCGAGAGGUUGCAACAAGAUAGCAGGCCCAUGUACCGGCAACGUCAGGUGGUUUUAUGGGUACCAGGUGGGGAUGAUAGAUUCAAAGCCUAAGAGGAAACUGCUUGAAGCAUGUUGGCUGAGUACUUAGGGUUUGUCAACCUACCGGGUCUGGGGUUAGAAUCCAGCUGCUGGUCACCUGCUGUGACCGUGGGCAAGUCGGAUGACUCCCACUUGCCUCGCUCCACCCAGGAGUAUAAAUCGGUACCAGUGAGGGCAAAGAUGAUUAGUGUGAUUGACUUCAGCUUCCUCGCACAAAAACAGCAGCGUCAAACGUAUACUCCUCAGGGAACUGAGAGGGUUUUCAGAAUAUUUCAUUGGACCAGUGACGAGGGAUUAUAAGAAUGAGGAAUGUAUUGAUCUUAGUUUAAAGCUCUGUAUGAAACCUGUUAUUCUAAGCAAGCAUACCCUACAUGCACAUGUAAACAAAGCACAACGCCACCGGUGCAUCUGUGUUGGCCCAUUUGGCUAUUAUAGUAAUAGCUGACUUUAAACUAGUUCUGCCCUCUUUUGUGCUAAAUGCGUGAUACUUCUGUGACCUGUAAGAUAUGAUAUUCAUGGCCGUCCUCUAAUGGCAGUUUUAAAGAUUAAUAGGUUGAAUUCUGGCAGGAGGGAGGCAAUAAUUUGCACAGGGAGCUGGAAUGGGAAUUGGAAGAUUGGCUUCAAAGACACUGUGCAAUAGAAUGCUUGCAUAAUGAUCCGUGUUUUACGUAAACAGGUAUUUCAAUGUUUUAACUUGGAAUUUUUACACUCAAAUUGUGUGUAAUAGUGUAGAUCGUACAUGUACAAUGUAUAUAGAGGGAUUUCACAUUAGCGCCGUCUGCGCAUAUUCGCGUUGAAACCGAGGC